AAUAAGAGCCAGCCGGUCGGUUGCCUCCCUAUGCCUGACUUUUAAUAGGCUAGGAGAAAAGGCUGAGAAACUUGACAUUGUCUUACGAAGAGUUCCGGUAGCAAAAAAGAUUAAAAAAAGAAAGAAAGGAGAAAACUUGCUUGUUGUUCGCUUCAGAAACCUUUGAUGGAUUUUGCUGCUAUUUUACGACUCUGAUUUUCACUGAGUUUCAAUGCUGACUGUUCCGUGCUGGAUGGAUGAUGGGAUUCCAAACAUGAGGCAGAUAGCUGAUCAGCUUCCCUGGAUUUCGCUGACGACACAGGAAAGCUUUGCUUGAAGAUGGAAACAUUGGAGUCGGAACUGACCUGCCCUAUCUGUCUGGAGCUGUUUGAAGACCCACUACUGCUGCCCUGUGCCCACAGCCUCUGUUUCAACUGUGCCCAUCGUAUCCUGGUCUCCCACUGCGCCACCAACGAAUCCGUGGAAUCCAUUACUGCCUUCCAGUGCCCUACUUGUCGUUAUGUCAUCACCCUCAGCCAGCGAGGUCUAGAGGGACUCAAGCGUAACGUCACCCUGCAAAACAUCAUCGACAGGUUUCAGAAGGCUUCCGUAAGUGGGCCCAAUUCUCCCAGCGAGACCCGCCGAGAGCGGGCCUUCGAUAGCAACACCAUGACCUCCAGCGAGAAAGUUCUCUGCCAGUUCUGUGACCAGGAUCCUGCCCAGGAUGCUGUGAAAACCUGUGUCACUUGUGAAGUGUCCUACUGUGAGGAGUGCCUGAAAGCAACUCACCCAAAUAAGAAGCCCUUCACGGGCCACCGUCUCAUCGAGCCAAUUCCAGACUCUCACAUUAGAGGACUGAUGUGCCUAGAGCAUGAGGAUGAGAAGGUGAAUAUGUACUGUGUGACAGAUGACCAACUAAUCUGUGCCUUAUGUAAACUGGUUGGGAGACACCGAGAUCACCAGGUGGCAGCUUUGAGUGAGCGCUAUGACAAGUUGAAGCAAAACUUAGAGAGCAACCUCACCAACCUUAUUAAGAGGAAUACUGAACUGGAAACACUUUUGGCUAAACUCAUUCAAACUUGUCAGCAUGUUGAGGUCAAUGCUUCACGGCAAGAAACCAAACUGAUGGAGGAAUGUGACCUACUCAUUGAAAUCAUCCAACAGAGACGCCAAAUUAUUGGAACCAAAAUCAAAGAAGGAAAGGUGGUGAGACUUCGAAAACUGGCCCAGCAAAUUGCAAAUUGCAAGCAGUGCAUUGAGCGCUCUACAUCACUCAUCUCCCAAGCCGAACAGUCCCUGAAGGAGAACGAUCAUGCCCGAUUCUUACAGACAGCUAAAAAUAUCACUGAAAGGGUCUCCAUGGCAACCGCAUCCUCCCAGGUUCUAAUUCCUGAAAUUAACCUCAAUGACACUUUUGAUACCUUUGCAUUAGAUUUUUCCAGAGAGAAGAAAUUACUAGAAUGUCUGGAUUACCUUACAGCUCCCAACUCUCCAACAAUUAGAGAAGAACUUUGUACGGCCUCAUACGACACCAUCACUGUGCAUUGGACCUCCGAUGAUGAGUUUAGUGUGGUUUCAUAUGAGCUUCAGUAUACUAUCUUUACUGGACAAGCUAAUGUUGUUAGUUUGUGUAACUCUGCCGACAGCUGGAUGAUUGUCCCUAACAUCAAACAAAACCACUACACAGUUCAUGGGCUCCAGAGCGGCACCAAGUACAUCUUCAUUGUCAAAGCCAUUAAUCAGGCUGGCAGUCGGAACAGUGAGCCCGGCAAAUUGAAGACAAACAGCCAGCCAUUUAAAUUGGACCCCAAAUCUGCCCACCGGAAACUAAAGGUGUCCCAUGACAACUUGACUGUAGAACGCGAUGAAACAUCAUCCAAAAAGAGUCACACACCUGAGCGUUUCACCAGCCAAGGGAGCUAUGGUGUAGCGGGCAAUGUGUUCAUUGACAGUGGCCGCCAUUACUGGGAAGUGGUCAUAAGUGGAAGUACAUGGUAUGCAAUUGGUCUUGCUUACAAGUCAGCCCCAAAGCAUGAAUGGAUUGGGAAGAAUUCUGCUUCUUGGGUACUCUGCCGCUGUAAUAAUAAUUGGGUGGUGAGACAUAAUAGCAAGGAAAUUCCCAUCGAACCAGCACCCCACCUCCGACGUGUGGGCAUUUUGCUAGACUAUGAUAAUGGCUCCAUUGCCUUUUAUGAUGCUUUGAACUCCCUUCACCUUUAUACCUUUGACAUUACAUUUGCACAGCCAGUGUGCCCUACCUUCACUGUGUGGAACAAAUGUUUGACAAUUAUAACAGGCCUUCCCAUCCCAGAUCACUUGGACUGCCUUGAGCAGCUACCUUGAUUUCUGAAACUCGGAUGGACCAGAUACAAUACAGAACAUUGAGAAGACUGACGGUCAACGUGCGGUGUACAAGAGCCUGCCAUAGUCUCUUCAACUGCGUGACAUAAAAAUUGUCCAUAAAUUGGCUGAGACAGGGCUGGAAAUGAGAGUCUCCCUCUACUUUAACUGUGUGUUUUGUAUUAAAGUGCAGGAAAUGGCUUUAAUAAUUUCUUGGAACAUUUUUUGUAUUUACGGGAAGAUUUAUAGAUUAUUUAUAAAAGAAACAUGAUCUGGAUUACAACUCUUAGGAAUUAUUUGGUUUUGCACAUUAAGAGGGCCCAUUUACUAACGUUUACCAGCUCUUUACACACUUAUUUCAUCACAGUGUAUGGGCUCAAAAGAAAAAAAAAAGUUUUGUAAGUUUUUAUCCACCUUCUCGCUCUAUAAAUAUACAUACUCACCCCAUGCAAGGUCCUGUCAUCUCAACAUUGCAUAUAAGAAUGUGCAAAUAAAAGUAAAAAUACUCUAGAGCCAAGUUAAGAAGUUAAAAAAGAAAAGAUGGAGGUCCUUCUUGCUAUGCUUUUUUAAAUGGGUAGCACAUUUCCAUUUCUAAGGAGGGGAAAUUACAACAUUUUAACUGUGAACUAAAAGGCCAAGGCACUACUGGUAAUGGAAUUAGAUGGCUAAGUAUCUCAAUUUGUUAUGAUGAAUUGUCAAAUGAUUUGCAUCUAGGUGGAAGCAAUUGUUUUUGAAACUCCCCAAACAUGCCAUCACCUUCCCACUUACAAUUUCUCUCAAAAAGAAUGCCAGUUUUGGACUUUGGGGGAAAUUCUGGGUGAGCAGAUUAUAUUAGGCCUUAGAAGAGCAAUCUCAAA